AUGAUCCUCAGACGAGCUUCCACUCUCAGUCGUCCUCUCGUCCUUCGUCCGGCCUAUUCCGCCCGGGUGUGCUACUACCAUCCGCCUGAUGUACAUAGCACUAAGGGAGAGGAGUUCUUCAUCCCCCCUUCCUACCCAGACAACUUGGAGGAUACUCCCAGUCUUGUCAAAAAGCCAGAAAAGGACAUGGGCCACUGGGAAGAGAUCCAUGCUACCUCUAGUGAGACCUCGGUGCGUUCCAUCUCCCCCUACCCCUUCGUCAUUAAGGUCAAAGCCGACCGUGGCGAUAUCAAUAUCCAGCAGCAGAAGCAGCAGCAGCGGACCACUACUCGGGAUCUGGAUAAGGAUCUAGGGGAGGAAGAGCCGCCGAAGCUGGAUGAGAUGUGA